AUGGCACCAUCUCGCUGCUUCGAGUCUCCGCGAAAACACCAGUCCAAAGGCUCAGGCUCCAGCUCACCCUAUAAACGCAUCCUUUCCUCGCGCGAUCCCAGCUUCGCACUCACUAAACACCGAAUGCUUACGCGAGGUCAGGCUCGAUAUAACGUCGAGCAUGAGGCGCCACAUGUUCCACCGUUAGCCAUGGCUCUCUCGCCUCCCACGGCCUCUCCGUCUGCUCACAAUCUUGGCGUCGUCAAUGACCGUGAUAGACACGUCUCUCCCUCAAAAACACACGUAUCUCCCUCGCGCCAUGCCACUACCUUUGCACUCUCUAAACACUCAAUGCUUACACGAACUCGGGCUCGAUGCAGUGCUGAGCUUGAGUCUCCUCUACUUCCGCCUACGGCUCUCCUGCCUCCCAUAGCCACUUCGACCGCUCACGUUUUGAAUGUCAUUCAUAAUCACCAUGGGGACAUGGAUUCUUUCGCGCGCGCCAUCGAGAGUAUGGUUUCGGAAAGUCACAAAGAACUUGAUCAGUGGGCCAGAGAGGAAAUCAGUACUCGAGACAUUCAGAUCGAAGAAGAGCGACGGUUGGCGGAGAACAACAAAACUGAAUUUACGAAAAUGUAUGAACUCAAGCUACAAUCUGAAGCAAAGGAGCUUGUUUCGAGGAAAAUUUUGGAGAAUUGUCAGGCGCAAUUACUUGUACUUCGGCGCCGAAUCCAGGAAUCAAGAUCAACCAGAGAAGGAGAACAUCGCUGCCCCAUCUGUAUGGACCUGGCUUGGAACCCUCAUGUGGCGCCUAUCCUACAGAAGCCUGUGCCAUCGUUGACUAUCCGCCAUGGUGUUGAAAGCAUCGCGGAUGCCCAAGGAAUGACUCAUCCCCCUUUGUACCGCCUUCAAUGGCCAGUCCGAACUUCUUGGCAUGUGCGCUCCUAA